CAACCCAUCAACAACCUGUUUCGCCCACCACCACAGUAACGGUAACCAACGCAAAAACCCGGGAAAAAUGUCAUCGACAAGCAGAUAUAAAAAAACCACCCUUCCCACCAACUCACUCCCGUAGGGUACAAUAUAGCAAAGCUGUUAAUUAGACAGAUAUCAUACUCCAUCUCACCACCACAACCGCCACCGUACCAAAAUCCAUCGGCAACAAACAAAGCAUAACCAAACCAAACCCCUCAAAAAAUACAUAAGAAAUGGGCUUCACAACAAGCUGGACCCCAACCCAACACCUCUCGCUGGUAACGCUUCUCUGUCACGAGUACGAAGAAGCCCUAUCAUUCUACGCGGGCCUGCUAAACUUCACGAUCCACGACGACAGCGAGGUCGAGGACUCCGGUGCUGAGCCGGGCAAGCGCUUCAUAGUCCUCACACCGCCAAAGCUGACGCAGAUGGCGCCGAUGGUCGGGCUCCGCGUCACCCGCGCCGUGACACGGCGGCAGCAGAAGGCGGUGGGGAACCAGGCGGGUGAUGCGGUCUUCCUGUUCUUCGAGGUGGACAACUUCGACGAGGCUUACGGCAAGAUGAAGUCCAUGGGCGUCAAGUUCUUGGAGGAGAAGCCGAGGGAGGAGAAGUUUGGCAGGGCCGUCCUCUUCCAGGACCCGUACGGGAAUAGGAUCAAUCUGGUCGAUCGGCCCACCCAGAGGACGGGAAGUUUGUACGCUAAGGAUACUAGCGUGUAG